AUGGCAUCGGACCAUGAGAUAGCGAAAGGCGUGGAGACUCUGCUGAUGUCGUUGGACCCUAACGCCGUGACUUCCCUAGACGGCGUCGUUAAACAGCUGCAAGAGAAGCUAGGGUUCGACUUGUCCCACCGGUACGACUUCAUCAGAGACCAGAUUAAUUACCACUACCACCGCCAACAGCAACACCGCCACCACCACCAACAGCAACAACAACAACUUCUCCUUCUCCGACAAUCUCAGCAACAACAACAACAACAACAACAACAGCUGCUCCAGCAAGAAGACCGUUUUGUCCUCCACAAUUUCCCGCAAUACCCAAUUAGCCCUCAGUUUCAGCCACAGCAUCAGCAGCAACAACUUCCUCAUCCUUAUUAUACUUUUCUUCAGCAGCAGCAACAACAUCAACAACCACCACAACCCCAGCCACAACCUAUUCCACAACCGCAGCCACCGCAAGCCCAGGGGCAAGGGCGGCGUCCUCGGGGUCGUCCUCCCGGACCUUCUAAAAAAGAAAGUAAUCCGUCUGGAACCAAGAGAAAAGGUGGUUCGGGAGGUUUAAACAAAGUCUGUGGUGUUUCACCUGAACUUCAGGUGGUUGUUGGCAAGGCAGCUCUUCCAAGGACUGAGAUUGUGAAGCAAUUAUGGGUUUACAUACGGGAACACAAUCUUCAGGAUCCAGGUAAUAAGAGAAGGAUAAUCUGUGAUGAGGCUUUGAGAUCAGUUUUUGAAACUGACUGCACGGAUAUGUUCAAGAUGAACAAGCUGCUUGCAAAACAUAUUACAUCUCUGGAUCCUACAAAAGAAGCUGGUGAGGUUAAGAGGUUGAAGGUUGAACACAAGUCUGAAACAGAAACUUCUGAAGUUAACGAACCACCAGUUGUAAUAUCAGAUGCCCUUGCCGAUUUUUUUGGUACUGGGGAAAGAGAGAUGCUUCAAUCAGAGGCCUUGAGACGUCUUUGGGACUAUAUAAAGAUCAACAAUCUAGAGGAUCCUCUGAAUACGACGGUGAUUUUAUGUGACGCAAAGCUUCAGGAGCUUUUCGGAUGUGAAAGCGUCUCUGCUUCGGGGAUACCUGAGAUGUUGGCAAACCAUCACAUGUUCAGGCAGUAA